UUCCUGUCUCUACUUGCAGGUAACAUCAUGGUGCUGUGGUCAACUUGCAGAACAUCAGUACUUAAAUCUGUAACAAACCGACUCAUCAAGAAUUUGGCCUGCUCGGGGAUCUGUGCCAGCCUAGUCUGUGUGCCUUUUGACAUUGCUCUUAGUGCCAGUCCACACUGCUGCUGGUGGAUCUAUACGAUGCUCUUCUGCAGAAUUGCCAAGUUUCUGCACAAAGUCUUCUGCUCAGUGACCAUCCUUAGUUUUCCAGCCAUUGCUCUUGACAGGUACUACUCUGUUUUGUACCCUCUGGAAAGAAAAAUAUCUGAUGCAAAAUCCCGAGACCUGGUUAUCUACAUCUGGGCCCAUGCAAUAGUGGCCAGCAUUCCAGUAUUUGCUGUGACCAAUGUGUCUGACAUUUAUGCCAUGUCCACCUGUUCUGAAUCUUGGAGUUACUCCCUUGGCCACCUGAUAUACGUCAUCAUCUAUAACAUCACCACUGUGAUUGUACCAGUGGCUGUGGUAUUUCUCUUUAUGAUUCUUAUUCGCAGGGCACUGAGUGCCAGCCAGAAGAAAAAAGUCAUCAUAGCUGCCUUAAGGACCCCUCAGAAUACAAUUUCCAUCCCUUAUGCCUCCCAGCGAGAAGCUGAGCUUCAUGCCAUGCUGCUUUCCAUGGUUAUGAUAUUUAUUUUCUGCAGUGUCCCCUAUGUGACUUUGGUGAUUUACCGCACCAUACUCAAUAUUUCAGAUAUUUCUGUCUUCUUGCUUCUCACUGCCAUUUGGUUGCCCAAGGUCUCUUUGCUGGCCAAUCCUCUGUUAUUUUUAACUGUUAACAAAUCUGUACGGAAGUGUUUAGUGGGGACAAUAGUACAGCUGCACCGAAGGUAUAGCAGGAGAAACAUUGUCAGCUCAGGUGGUGUUGCAGAUGCUAAUCUGGAGCCCAAUGUCCGUUCGGGGAGCCAGCUUCUGGAGAUGUUUCAUAUAGGGCAACAACAAAUCUUCAAGCCAAUGGAAGAUGAGGAGAAUGAGACCAAAUCCAUUGGCUAUUGUGACUUUCAACAGAAGGAAAUUCCUACCACCAGUUUAGAGGUAGGAGAGACUUUGGUCCACAAAUUUAUACCACAGACGACUGCAGACUCUGCAGCUCAGGUGGCACCAGCUGUGCCCACAGAAGCUGACAUGGUAAAUGACAAGUAUGCCAUGCAGUUUGGUUUUGGACCCUUUGAGCUGCCUCCACAGUGGCUUUCAGAAAACCGAAACAGUAAGAAGCGACUCCUGCCUCCUUUGGGGAAUACCCCUGAAGAGCUAAUCCAGACGAAACAGCCUAAGUGUAAAGCAGAAAGAAAAAUCAGCAGAAACAAUAAAGUCAGUAUCUUUCCCAAAGUGGAUUCUUAG